AUACUUGUCUUCAAGUUUUUUACUGUCAUUGUAGAACACCAGUAUUAAGGGUAGAUUUAACAUGCAAAUAUAGUUACCUGCCCACCAUGCCUGCACUGAGAAGCAAGACUGAGAUCAACUUGAUUCGUUUGCUUGCCCGAUGCGAAGUAAAAGCUGCUGAGAAUGUGAAAGGUGACUGGAGGUUGGAACAGUAUGUGGAGUGCCUGGAAACUUACCUGGAAGAUCUACAAAAGGAAACACAAAGAAAACCAAGUGAAGAAACGUUAAAAGAAUACAGCAAAAAAAUUGCUUUUCUGAAGGAUUUUCUGAGCACCAAGACCUUAUCUACUGCUGCAGAAAAAGCAUUCGCCAACCAAAUGCUGAUUCCAUCGGACAAACAAACAAUACCAAGUCUUGUAGCUUCUCCAACUGGUAAACAGAUCAAGCAAAAUGCAGCAAUUCAAUAUCGAUCUCAAAUGAAGAAAGAACUCUUCAGCAAGAGUGAUGAUAGUACAAAUUCAGAUCAGAACAACCUUCGAAAGAGAAAGAUAAGAAAUGUAGAUGAAGAGUUGGAACAUCAUGAGCAGGUUCAUGAAAACAUAGCAGAAGAAAUAAUUUCACUCACAAGGAACCUACGGCAUAACAUUACUGUGUCAGGAAACAUCAUUAGAGAAGAUACAAAGGUCAUGCAACAAUCGGCAAAGAAUGCUGACUCUAAUAUUAGUCAACUACAACACGAGUCCAGUCGUCUGGAAGCUCACUUGCGCAAGGGCACCAACUGGUGGCUGUGGAUAUCACUCGCAAUUGUUUGCGCCACUUUCUUUACGAUGAUCGUUUUUAUUCGUUUCUUCCCAAAACCUAGAUGAAUGCUGGUGUAAGAGGAAGCGAUGGAUGUUCAUCUUUGUUUGUACAGUGAAGGUUUUUACAAAAUGCAAUUCAAGCUCUGGUUUUGUGCAAUAAAACUUCUCUAUUUAGUUACAAAUUCUCUUUGCGUGGAUCUAUGUUUUGUAUUGGUUUAUUUGGUUAUCUGAUAUUGGUGGGUUCGCUAUGACGAAUAAAAUGUGAAAGAAGAUGAA